AUGGUUCAACUAAACGGAAAAUCUCUGAAUAGUGAGACCAUUCUCAAAAUCCAGGAUUUCAACGAGAAAGUUGAGCUUUCUGAAGAUGCGUGGAAACGAAUUGAUGAGUCUCGAGCUGUUGUAGAUGAAAUUCUCAGCUCAGGGAGAACGAAGUACGCUGUCAACACAGGGAUCGGCACUCAGCUUGGAAAUGUGGUCAUCUCGGAGGACAACUUGAUCGAGCUGAACGAGAACUUGAUCCGAUCGCAUUGCGUUGGAACUGGAAAUCCAAUCUCUGCGGCGCGCACGCGAGCGUUGAUGGCAGUGAGACUCAAUUACUUUGCUGGAGGAUACUCCGGUGUCAGUCGCAGUACAGUCGAGUCUCUUCUGGCCGCUCUCAACAAAAACUGCCUUCCCAUCAUUCCCGAGCGAGGUUCAGUCGGGGCCCACGACUUGGCACAGCUAUCCCACAUGACUUUGGGGCUCCUAGGCGAAGGUAAAAUGUGGAGCGGGGAUAGUUUUUCGGAAGAAGCGAGUGCAAGUGUGGUUCUUGGUCGAAAUGAGCUUGAGAAUUUGCAGUUGAAGCCUAAAGACGCCAUUUCAAUGAUUUCGGGAAAUGCAUUUGCAGCUGCUCUUGGCGCAGAAGCGGCCCAUCGAGCCAAUAUGAUCGUAAAUGUAGCUGAUGUUGUCGCUGCAAUGACGAUCGAAGGCCUUGUUGGGACUACAGAUGCCUUCGAUCCGGACAUCCACAAUGCACGGCCGCACAAAGGGCAGAUCAAAGUCGCACGGAAGAUUCGAUCGUUGUUGAACAACCAACACCAGAAGUCGGAAAUCGGCCAGUCUUGGGCGGUUACUCGUGUUCAGGAUCCAUACACACUGCGAUGCAUUCCCCAAGUUCACGGAAUUAGCAACGACGUCGUUGAAUUCGCCACGGAGCUGAUUGAAAACGAAUUGGAUAGCUCACAAGACAAUCCGAUGGUUCUCGUCGACCAAAAUACGACUACUACUUGCGGGAACUUUCACGGAGGAUAUAUUUCAAAGGCGCUUGAUUAUUUGGCAAUCGGCGUUCACGAAAUUGGCAAUAUGGGCGAGCGGCGUAUCGAGCGUCUUCUCAAUCCAGCGUGUUCUGAGCUCCCUGCUUUCUUGACUCCUACAGGGGGCAUCAAUUCUGGCUUCAUGAUCGGCCAAGUUACAGCUUCGGCGCUUGUCUCAGAAAACAAAACGCUCUGCCACCCAGCUUCAGUCGACACAAUUGCUACAUGUGCUGGCUACGAAGAUCACGUCAGCAUGAGCGGCUGGGCAGCGCGGAAGGCCCUUACGGUCGUUGAAAAUGUCGAGCGAAUCUUGGCGAUUGAGCUUCUUUGCGCUUGUCAAGCCGUUGACCUACGUCGACCUCUAACAUCAACGCCAAUUUUGGAGAAGGUACACGCCUGCGUACGAAGCAGCGCACAAUUCAUGACAACUGAUCGGGUUCUGUCAACUGAUAUCGAAGCUGUCGCGCUCAAAAUUACCGACGGUACAAUUUGGAACAUCGUAAAAGAUCAUAUCGACGCACAUGUUGACUGA